AUGUCGAUCGCCAUCACCAUGUGCCUGGGAGGGAGCCUUGCCACGCGCCUCCUGCUCGCCUUCCUCUGCGUAGCCCUCCUCGCCUCUGUUAGGCCCAUGAACUUCCCAGCCUCGUCGAGCUCAGCCAUCGAUCGACUAGGGCCUGUGCCUCUGCCCCCACAGGAGCUUUUUGCCGCCUACAACGACAUGAUCACCCACCUCUCUCCGAGCGGUCGGCUGGCUCCCGAAGGGUUCCAGGCGUUUCACGUCGUCGAUGUGCGCGUUCCCACGCUGGCCGGAGAGCAGCCGCUGAGCCUGUUUGAGCGGACGGCGGAGCUCAGCAAGGUACUCAGGUCGAUUGCGGCCGACGGAAAGGCCGCCGAGCUCGUGUCGGACCUCGGCACCGCCUUUGCCCAACAGCAAGGGCUGCCAUCGGUUAGCAGGCGCACGCUCAAGAAGAUGCGCUCUGAUCUGAAGCAGCUCGAGGACGAGCACCGCAAGAUCCGGAGCGACUACGAGCUCGCCACCAGCUUCGGAGACGCGGCCGAGGGGCAUGAAGAUAGCCUGGCGACCCGUCUGCCCUUUGUCUACGGCAACUUCCGACGUGCGGCGAGGCUUGCGCGGCACCGACUCGAGCGGAUCGCAGCCGAGAUCCAGCUGUACCGCUCCGAACGCAUCCCCGAGGUCUGGAACAAGGUGCCCGGCAAGCCCGGUCGGGUGCGUCCGGUGGAUGACAGCGAGCUGAGCGGGGGAGAGGACGUUUGCCAAAGGUCAAACUCGAGCACCGCCACCGACGAGCGUCAGGACCAGAGGAUGGGCUCAAAGCCCGCAAGAGAGGCUAUCAGUCCCCGGUAA